AUGUUAGUAUGUGCAGACCUUGAAAUUGAGGUUGCGAGAAACACCAAUCAUCACGAUGAUACUGGAGAUUAUACUUGCCACGGUGGUCUCCAAAGCUAUUGUUGUGCUAAUUUCAGUACACCUCCGACAAAGUCUCAACUCGCUGCUAAAGCUGCAGCAGCAGCUUCCAGUGCUGCAGCGGCUGCCGCUAGUAAUGCUGCUGAAAUUGCAAAGGAGGCAGCCGAGGCACUCGCCGAGCAAGCUGCGAUAGACCUUGCUGCUAAAGCGUUUUGCAGAAUUGCUGUUCCGGCGCUGCUAGCACCGUUGGAAUUGCUCGAGGACCUGAUUCCUAUCGUUGGCGAGAUCCUUGAUCUUAUCGAAAUCGCUGCCACGCCUGCCCUGAUCACAGCCUGUACCGACGCGAUUGAGAAAGAGGGUAGCGCCGAGUUCAAGAUAUUUGGAAAGGAGCACACUAUCUCCGGCUUUGAGAAGCCAACUGAGAAGCCUAAGAAUACUAGAGCAUCAGAGAGCGAGCACUCCACCGCCAGCGACAAGGCCAGCUCAUCAUGUGCGCUUAAUGCUCGUGUCGCACUAAGGGACGCAACGUCAUCUAACAUUCACGAAACCUCGACAGUUGUUGUAAAUAGGAGAGUCUGCGAUGGAAGUGGACCUUAUGCACAAGCUUGUCUGCACUACAGCUUUGUUAUAAGCAGGAACGCUCCACACCUUAAUACGAUACAGUGUCUUGGUAAAAACGGCAAUGUCGGACGCCCCAUCGUGCCUAUAUACAAUGCACAGCACAACGAAGGCUGGAUCAACGGGUGGAUGCAGGCUCCUAAUCUAAAUUGCCAGAGAGACGAGUACCCUCCAGAUAUUAUCUGGCAGGGACGAGAUAAUAGUCUCAACUUUGUCCGGCUCAUUCCUUCCUCAGCCAAUAUCGUAGGCGCAGCACUAUUCGCUGGCAUCUGCGAUAACUACGCAGAUUUCGAGACAUCUAUCAAGAACCGCCAGGCCUACCGCGUGGAGGUAAAUAGAUGUAGGACUACGCACUGGUACACCGUGACGCGCGAAAGCACCGUUCCCGCGCUGUCUCUGGAUUUCGUGGGACUGGCUGGUUAUGCUGGUGCUGGGAUGGCAGAGAAUCUUUGCUACCCAUCGGUACUAGUGGACGAUCCUGGAUUUGCGCUCCUGACAAACGACAAGUAUUACAACGCACAUCUAGACGACAAAGCCUACAACAGAGAAUAUGCCGAUGAGCCUAUCGGGAUCGUGACCGCCGGACAUGUCAACAACCCAGGCUGGAACAAGAGAUGGACGGAUCCACAGAUAGAUCCCGAAGAUAUCGUCCUCAAUGAAGGCAACUCGACACGGAAGCCGACAGAUGAGGAAUUGCUUAAGCAGUUUGGCAUUAUAAAGUGCAAGAGCCAGGGAUGCGAGGACGAGAAGAGCUUCUUUGGUAUCGAGUCUGCGAGGACUAUGGGGCCGGGGAGCACGGCGAUAGCGCGGGCUACGCCGGGUGAUAUCACGGCGGCGGUUGAGAGUACGGCGCUGACUGUGACUUCGAGCCCGCAAUUUCAGCAGAUCUCGCCGCAGUUGGCGAGGAUUACGGAGAAGCCUGUCCUUUCUCCGGCAGAUGAGUUAGCGUCGUGA